UAAGCUUCAUCGUGAAAGGAUGAAGACACUUAAGUUUAUUGGGGCUGAAGCAUUUAUUUUUAAUGAAGAAUAUGCCAAGAAAAACAUGAAGACUGUUGCUCACAAUCUUUACCCACUUCUGUUGAAGGCAUGUUAUUUAAACGAGAAAGUGGAAGUAAUCCACACAUUGGUAGAAAACUGGCCACAUGAAGAUUUUAUUCUUGGAAAAAUACUAGGUAAAACUAUCGACUGUCCUGAAGAUCUCACUCAUUGGUCAUGUCGACUAAGUUUGGUUGCAUGUUUAAGGGGCUUGAAGAAUUACGUGUUAAAUUCUUCUUCGUUGUAUUCAAAGAAACUUAAAUCGGUGGAUAUUACAGGUAUAAAGGAUAUUGAAUGUCAGCCAUGCAAGUGCAAGAAGACUUUGGGAAGAUGGGCAAGGACAGAGCUGCUCUCACAGACUUGUUUUGAUCUUCUGAUUGAAAUGGCAAAUGGGGAACUCAGUGCAUCUAUAUCUAAUCUUGACAUUGAUGUGUUGUGUAACCUUUUUGUUACGGAAAGGAAUUAUGAGGUUGUGGUUCAAGCUUUACUGAUGAGACAUCAUUGUCCUCUCAAGAUUCGAUGUGUUGAUUUCAGAGCUGAUAGUCUAUCCUCACAAAGACUUUUUUAUAUAUUAAAGCUUGCUGAACCAGACUCACUACAUAAAUUAGAAAUAGUUCACAAUGUUCGACUAGAUCUUUAUGAUCUCAAAGUUCUUCUUAAUAAUAUAAAUUUCCCAAAACUGUUUUCCCUUACUUUUCCUGCCAGAACAUUUAAUGUUCCUAGGUAUACAACAGAAGAUGACAUUGUUUUGAGCAGCAUUGGUGAGAAACUAAGCAACAUGACACAACUGACUGAACUAAGCCUUUCAUUUUCUACUCUGACAGGGAAAAUAAGAAAACUACUAAGUGUCAUGAAUACACCUCUAAAAACACUGGAAGUCGCCAACUGCUCUCUGAACAAUAUAGACAUGGCGUAUUUGGCUAAUAGCCUCCAUGCAGAUCAUUUGGAAGUACUGGAUCUCAGCGGACACAAUGUCACAAGCCAAUUUCCAUCAAUGUUCUAUAAGCUUCUUUCUAAGGCUUCUCAGACACUGAAAAUGUUGGUUCUUGAAGAAUGUGAUAUUGGUGAUAUGCAUGUCGAUCUGCUAGCGUUGGGUUUGUCACAUUGUUGCAGAUUGCAGGAGUUUAAGUUUCUUGGAAACCCUAUGACAUCACUAGCUCUUAUGCACUUAUUCAACAUAUUUGUUGAUCUUCCUAUGUUGAAGUACAUUGAAUUUCCUGUACCAAAAGACUGCUAUCCUUAUGACGUCCUUUACCCUCUAGAUGAAGAAACUCUAACUAAAUUUGACCACCAAAAAUAUAACAGUAUAAAGGAAUCCCUUCUAUUGAUUUUGACACAAGCUAACCGCGAAGACAUAUUAGCUGUAACACCCCUUUUUGGAACUUACGAUCCAGCAAUCCAAGAGACCAGCAAUGAACUUGGAGCCCAUUUACUUACAUCUUUUAAAGAAGCACUAGAUAAUAUUACAAUAUCAUUGCAAAAGUUAAAAUAAGCCCACAAUCAUGCAAGUGUUUGUAAUAUAAAAGUUCUCUUUUAAGUUUUGGAGAUGAAUGCAAAAUUAACCCACUUUUAAUCAAUCUGCAACAAAAACUGGUUGAAAGCAGCUUCAAUUAUCUAACCGAUCACCUGUGAUUGUUAUACAGUAAGUAAUAACAGUAUGGUAUAACAAUACUAAUGUUGUGCCUUAUUGUUGAUGACCUUAACGACCAGUCUAAAAAAUAGUGUAUUACAGCUAGGGUACAAUCCACGGUUGCACUCACAUAUUCAAUGGUUAAUGUGUGCUCCAUGGAAUAUGUGAGUGCAACACCCAAUUUAUAAAGGUGGAUUGUACCCUAGCUGUAUUACACUAAUUGUGUUUUUUGCUCCUUUUUUCUCUUACUUUAAGACUUAUUGCAUUAAGAAGCCAUCUACAUCCAGAACAUAUAUACAGGUUAUGUAAAUGUAUGCUUAUUACCAACAGAUUUAUGCUAGAGUGCACUUAAUACUUUAUCUGCACUAUUUCAUGUGAUAUUCUCGCUGUAUGUGGAGGGGAAACCACAAAAUUAAGGUGCUGCUGGCAUAGAAGGGAGA